GAGACUGAUCAAUAAACAGCCUUGUAUAAAUACAUAGUAUUACUUGACACUUCGCUCUCUGUAUUUAUAGGUUACUAAUAAACUACUGGUGUUUGGCAUAUUGGUUAAUUUGUCUUCAGUGAUGCUUUUCGAAAACCAGUAUGGUGCCCCUUUGAGGAAAUAUUGUUGUUUUGUUGCCUUAAAUGAUUGGACAAUAAACAUUUCGUGAAGCGUAUUGGGUGCAACUCCGAAGUGUGUAGAGCAAUCCAUCGCAAUGUACGCAGUGAUACCACAGUCUCGUACGUCGCUAACUUGCAGCUUCAGAUGAUCUUUGGUAUUGUAAUGUAUUGGACUAUUGGAUGAUGAUAAUGUGUUUUGGAUGUGAACAAAGUGUUAGGGAGGAUGUGUUGUGAUGUAGAUUGGGUAUUUCCAGCAUUAAGGAAACCUUCUCGUCUGUGGAAUGUUGCUAGUACGGUCACACUUUCUGCUGUUGGAAUGUUUAGUAAAUUAAUUACAGAAUGGCUGAACACCACAAAGGUCUACAACCGUGACAUCUUGAUUCACGCACUAGAGAACAGACCACCCACUGUACCACUGAUAACAGUUUCAAAUCACCAUUCCUGCUUUGAUGAUCCAGGCUUAUGGGGUUGUUUAAGCUUGAAGCAUUUACUGAAUCGUGAAAUCAUGAGAUGGUCCUUGGCGGCACACGACAUAUGCUUCACAAAUAUGUUUCAUUCGUACUUUUUUAUGUUGGGAAAAUGUGUACCUGUAGUUAGAGGGAAAGGUGUAUAUCAGCAAGCAUUAGAUUUUUGUCUGGAGCAGCUGUCAAAGGGCAACUGGAUUCAUGUGUUUCCAGAAGGACGUGUUAAUAUGGCCAAAGAAUACAUGAGAUUGAAAUGGGGUAUUGGGCGUCUGAUAUAUGAAUGCCCAAAACUUCCACUCGUUAUUCCGAUGUGCCAUAUUGGAAUGGAUAACAUAUUGCCAAACACUCCACCCUACAUUUUACGAAUGGGAAAGAAAGUGACUUUAAAUUUUGGUAAACCUAUUGAUUUCAGAAAUAUGCUGCAUGGUCUCAGAGAAAGUAAUGUCCCUCCACAGGAGGCAAGAAAAGUUAUCACUGACAAAAUAGAAAACACACUGAUGCUGCUGAAGGCAGAAACUGAAAGACUUCAUCUUAUUACCCUGCAAUCUUGACAUUAAACUGUUUGUUGCAUUAUUCUUCAAAAUGUUGGAGGUUUUGGUGAUGUGGGCAUUAACUUGCUGAGCAUGAGACUGCAAAGUCUAAUAUUGAAGGAAAAAGUCUUACAUUUAUAUUUUUGCUAGUCAUUUUUUAAAUUAUUUUUAUAGUUCUCUGCAAAUUAUUUACAAAAGGAACUUCUGAAGACUAUAAAAGCACAAUUCUUGUUAUUGAUGUUUGUAAAUUCCAUCCAUUGUAAUAUAUAGGCCUACAGGGGACUCAAAGUAUUAUGUGAGUUUUAGUUGCCACAGUGGUUAUGUUGUGUGCACUCAUCUCGUCCUGUUAAGAGCUGUAAGCCCUGAGUAAUUUUACAGUAUUGGUGGUCUAAACCUUCAUGCUUUAAAACAAGAAGAGAAAGUUAAAAGUAAGUUAAAAUUCACAAAAAGGUUUGUUAUUCAUUUGUGUGAAAUAGAACAUGCUGUAGAUAAGUGCAGAGUAAGGGAAAUGCUGCCCCCUUCAUCCUUUCUCCCCCCCCCCCUCUCUCUCUCUCUCUCUCUCUCUCUCUCUCUCUCUCUCUCUCUCUCUCUCUCUCUCUCUCUCCCCCCCCCCCUCCCCCUCCCCCCUCCCGACCUCCCUCCCUCCAGCUCUAGUCAGAUGAACUGAUUGUGAAUUUAUAAUUUCUUGGCAACAAAAAGAGAGAAACUAGAGUGAAACGAAUAAUUGCAAAAAUCAUUUUAUGCUGUUCACUGUAUAUGUACCAGUAAUUUAGUAACUAUGACAUAUAUUACAGUGUAAUAAAUUUUGUUGUGUGUUGAUGUCCUCUUGUGUCACAAGUUGUGUGCUAACUUGAUGGAAGAAGCGGAUUUGUGGAAGAAACCGUAUCUAAGACAUAGUUACUGGUGCAUCCCUCUUAAGUAUCCAACUUAAGAUUUGUAAUAAUAUAGUUCUAUUUCGACAAAUGCAGCAGGUGGAACAACACAUUCUAGUCAUUGAAUCAGUGCCUUCUUGUGUAUUGUUGUUUUACUGUCUUCUGGUAUUACUGGUAACCAUGAAUAAGUAUGAAGAAGUUGAUUUCAACUGGUGUAUUUGAAAGCAUGUUUAAAAUAACUAAAAUGUGUGAAAGCUAUUUUUUGAUGAAGAUAAAGUGAGAGCUUUGUCAAAUGGUAAUUUGCUGUAUCAUAAGUAACCCGUUGGUAGCAUUUCUAGGUGCCUGCCAAAUAUUAUAGAAAAGCAAAAUGAUUUUGUGCUACAUCAUCCCUCCUGACAGCUAUUUUCUAAACAUUAAUUGUGACAAGUUUGUUGUCCCAGAUAUUUUUAUAUUCCAUUAUCGUGUACCUGGAAAAAAAAUAACUACAGAUUAUAAAGCAGUUUAAAGUUACACUUGUUUCAAUUAAAUCUCAUGUUGACUUUCUCAAUAUUAUAAGCAACAUAUAAAUCCUACAUAAUCUUUAGUGAGACAUGAAUAAAAACUGAAUAUUUACAUACUAUUUUAGUAUGAUGUAGGAUUUUUAUCAGAUUUGUAGUUUAUAAUUUUAUAUGAGGUGUCUAAUUUUUUACCUGACUUUUGUCAAUUGUUAAGCAAAGUGAGUAAAGUCAAAGAACAUCAUUUUCCAUUUUUAAAAGUUUAUUGCGCUAAACAUAAAUGAAUUUAACUCAGAUUAAAAAAAAUUAUGAAGCUGCUAAUAGCAAAUAAAAGCAAUAAUAGCCAUGAUUGUCAUAGGUUUACCCAUUGCUUUAUUACAGAUUAGGGUCAGCAUGUUCUUUCAGUGUAUGUGGAUCAGAGUUGCAAUAUCACAUUACCCAUGAGUGCAGUAACUUAGUUUGUAACAAUUCUCAGCUUCUCUUCAAUAGGUUACAGAUAUUUAUUUCUUCACUGAUUUUUGUUGCCUUAUAAAUUCUGAUCCAUUGUUUUGUUACAUAUGUACGUUUCACAAUGUCAAGUAACUGACAUUAAAUUUUUAAAUGAUAUGCUUUUAUAACAAGUUAUAUUUCAGGUUGUUGGUAUUUUAUGGUGACAUGCUUUUAAAAACUGUAAUAAUUUUUAAAAAGAUCUGGUAUGGUGCGGUUAUUGUAAGCACAUGCCGUAUUUAUUGUGUUUUUCUAAAUGCAAAUUAAAUUUUUAUGAACAUUGAA